AUGAUCCUGAAAGAAGUAUGGACAUCUUUAGUGAAAUGGUGUUCCAGACUAUCAAAUAUCUGUCAAAAGAAAAUUUUGACACCAAGUCGGAUGAGCACACUUGGUCCGUGGCUGUUUUUGCUGGAGAUGUAUUGUCUGUGUUAUAUUGGGACCUCCGAGAUUAUCCCGACACUGUGGAACAGGUACGGGUCCACUCUGGUUCACAUGAAUCAGGUAUUCACUUGGUUCCUUGGGGUCGAGAUCUUUCUGAACUGGUUGUGUGUUAGGUAUGUCACGUCAUCGUAUAAGUCCGAGGCCGCCCAAAUACAGCUGCUGAAACGAGAUGAUGGCCACACUCAACAGUACACUGACUAUACGGUGUCCUUUGUCGAGGAGAACAGCUUGAGACAUAGAAAACCUUCCGAACAAAACCAAAGCAAGUCAAAAUCUAAAGGGUAUUUCACUUGGAGCACAUGCAAGUCCUGCAAGGAGGUGCGACCCGCUAGAUGUCACCAUUGUAGCAUUUGUAAGACAUGCAUUCUUGCAAGAGAUCACCACUGCUUCUUUUCCGGAAAUUGUGUCGGAUACAAAAACCUCCGUCAUUUCUUUGUCUUUCUUUUUUACAGUAUGUACGCUACGGUUUAUGCAUUUAUUCACGCAUCGACUUACUAUUACCAAGAACUCUGGCCGCGGACAUACGCACUGGAGAUCCUUCCAUUCGUUACCUUCGCAAUGAACAUCUUUGGUCACAGUGAUUACCACACAGGAGUGCUCAUCCUGGUUUGGUGGGCACUUGGUAUAUUCUUCGCCAUUGGCGCCUUCCAAUUUAUUGACCUUGUGCUUGAAAUCCCGGAAGGCGUGACGUCAUACGAAUUCAGCAGUGGAAUAGAGUUGGAUGACUCGCGUUCGUUAUUUGAGAAAAUCAGAGCAGUGUUUGGGGAAUACUGGCUUUUAAACUUUUUAGUUCCAGUUCAUUUUAUAUUUCCACCUGUCGUGGACCCAAUUAAUUGGCCAACUAUUUCCGGAAUAAAACGGGCACCAGAAGAGUUUUUGUAA